GCCAAUGUUUCUUAGCAUUCCCUUCAAACAGAUUAAUAGAAUAGGGGAAGUACAUAGCAAAACAUCUUUCAUUUCGUGGGCAUUUCUCCCACUUUGUUGAUCCAUUUCCCAGAACCAUUUCCAAUUUCCAUACAUAGAGAUUUGUGCCAUGUGAGUUGUUUGCCACUGAGAGAGUUUUGGAGUCCAGUUUCUCUGCCUGCUGAAGAAGCACGUUUGCCCUUUCUGUUGGAUCCAACUUGACACUUGGGUAUAAAACCUACGUCAAAAUUUUGGCUUUGUCCAAUGCUUUCUUUGGGAUGAAGAAACAUCUGAUAUGGAUAUUUCACCGUGUAAAGUUGCUUACGUGGACUUAAUAACACUCCUUCAUGUCACUCUCCCUGAUCAUGAAGAGGAUGAUGAAGAGGAUGGGGAAGAGGAUGCUGAGGAUGAGGAGGAGGAUAAGGAUGAGGAGAAAGAAGAAGAUGGAGAAAUUAAAGUUAAUUUCAUUUAAAUUCAUUUAAUUCAUGAAUUAAAAAGUAAAAUUUUUA